UUGAACACACAGCAAGAUAUGGCAAAUUUGAAGAUUGCAGCAAGAUUUUCCGAUUACGUAUUGGGAAGAGCCGGCGGUGGUCGGAGUCCUAGGCUUUUUGUCACCUCUACCAGAGCUCUGCAAAAGGGGAAGUCUGAUAAAGAGUCGGCGGUAGAAUGUGAGAAGAUAACUGAAGCUGCAGAGGCAGUUAAAGAGGGGGCCAAGGAAGUGAGGAGGACAAGUGAGUUGAUUAGAGACACUGCCAGUACUGCUACUCAAAGUGUGAUUAAGAUGACGAAAGAGGUGAGUGAGAAGGCAUCCGAGACUGCAGAAAACAUCACAGAUUCAGCAGUGGGUUUGGUUAAGGCGGCUUCUGAAAAGAUCAAGGACUCCGUGGGUGGCAAGUAAUUGAGAAUAUGACACGUGCAUGCGGCUCAUUACAAAUGAAUGGUUAGUCUCCAAGAGUGCUAAAAAGCCACUCAUGUACUUGGAUUUAAAUUUGACACCUUUACCCUGAUAAGGAUGUGCACCCAUUUUCCUUUCUCCGAUGUAUUGCAAGAGGGGGAUAAAAGUUUCUUAAUCUGUCUCUGGCCAAAGGAAGAAACAUACUG